CAACCAUCGACCGAGUUAGUUGACUGGAAAUUCUAGUGGUACUUAGGGGUGAUGGACAUCAGUUCAGUCAUUAAUGAGCAGUGUAAUUUUCUUGCCAAAUACCGUACGCGUUAAGUCAAUGUUUAGCUCUUGGAGAAAAACAACCAACCUACUGAAUGUUCAAAAGCAGGUUAAAGGUAUCAUGAAUGCAAUUAGUGGACGUCAUUUUGGUACAGAUGGGAAAACAGAAAAACAUACGGUGUGUGUAGAAGGAAAUAUUGGAAGUGGUAAAACAACACUACUUGAAUAUUUUUCAACUUAUCCAUAUACACAGGUAACAAAAGAACCAGUUGAUAAAUGGAGAAACAUUAAAGGAAUGAAUGCACUGGAAUAUAUGUACAAGGAUGCGUCAAGAUGGGGUUUGACAUUUCAAACUUAUGUUCAGCUAACUAUGUUAGAGAUACACACACAACCACAGGUACAAAGAGUGAAAAUGAUGGAGAGAUCGAUAUACAGUGCUAAAUAUUGUUUUGUAGAAAAUCUUUAUCAAAGUGGGAAAAUGCCUGAAAUAGAAUACACAGUUUUAACGGAGUGGUUUGAUUUUCUACUCAAAACUCAAGACAUCAAAGUUGAUUUAAUAGUAUAUUUAAAAACAAAGCCAGAAACAGUCUUAAGAAGAAUAAAAGAGAGAUGUCGACCUGAAGAAAAACAAAUUCCAUUAGAAUAUCUUGAAACUCUUCACAAUUUACAUGAAGACUGGUUAAUUAAGAAGAAGUUUCCACUACCAGCACCUGUUUUGGUAUUGAAUGGGGAAUUUGAAAAGGAAGAAAUGAUCAAGGAAUAUGAAUCUUACACACCACGUAUUUUACGAGGUCCAGCAUGAUACCCCAUUGUUGCAUUUAUGACCAGGGCCUUUUUUAAGGUUUUGUUGCUGAAGCAAAGCACAAUUUCUGGUGUUUUGGGGUUCUGUGAAAAUUUCCAGAAUUUGACUUUCGAUAAAAUGAUAUCUUUUGACUUAGAAAUCGAAAGCGGUUGAUGAUCAUAAUGAUAGCUAAGUUUCCCCUACAAUGUUGCCAGAUUCACAGGGAUACAUAGCAGAUUUUUAAAGCUUGGAUUUUUUAUCAAGAGACACGUUAAAAUAGGCCAUGAUCAAGACAAUAUGUAUUACGGUAUUGAUUGUAAAACGCACUAAAUAUGGGAUCAAUGUGUGAAAUGUGUAGAUAUUUUUUUAAACACUACAGAGUGAAUGAAAUUUAAAUAGAAGAUAUUUAUGAAGUUUUAAUAAUCAUGGAUGAGAGAUCCUUAAUUCCAGUAGUUUGUAUUGUAUAAAUGGGAGUUUUCUAUUAGCAGUCUUCUGUAAAGACAACAAAACAGAGAAAUUGAUUUUAUGUUGUGUACCACUACCUAGUGGGAUGGUGGAUGUUUUAUAUUUGUGUACCAUUACCUAUUUGGAUGUUUUAUGUUUGUAUACCACUACCUAGUCAAAUGUUUAAGUACUUUAUGCUUCAUUUUGUUUUAAGCUUAACUAUAUCUUUUGCAGAUUUAGUAAAAAUCAUAUACCAGUA